AUGAAAUUCAGCUCUUCACUCAAGUUUAAUGCGGUCGCAGAGUGGUGGGACGAGUACAUUGCCUACUCUGCGUUGAAAAAAUACAUAUUCCAGCUCGAGAAACAGGUCCUCGAAAGCAAUGAGAAUGGGCAGCUGCACGACCUCGAGGCCAAUGAACGCUCACGACUGAUGGCCAACGAACGUGGGGAGGGUAGCAUGAAUAUCCGCACAGCGGACAAGUUCUUUGCGACUCUCUUGGACAAGGAGCUUGAAAAGAUUCUCAAAUUUUAUACCGAGACUGAAGCAGACGUGGCCAAGGACAUUGAAACGCUCGAAGCCGACGUUGCGCAGAAGGACGCAGAGGGUCCCUCACCAGCUGGGAGCGAGUAUGAAGACGACGAGGAUGAUGAAGAUGAUGAAGACGACGAGGAUGGAAAGCUACACCGUCGCAGUCUUUCACGUCCUGGUCCUGCCAGAGGCCACAGUCCCAACGAUUUGAGGUAUAGCGUCAGCGAUUAUGGCGAGAUGGGCCUCAGCACGACCUUGUCUGCAGGCAGAGCAAGCGGAUCAUCCCCCGAUGCACGUAGGCGUCACCGUAAGAGCUCCGAGGCAGAGAGGCCCGUCAUACCAAGAUCGACGCUGUCCAAUAUCAUCGACAAGGUUGCCCGCAGAGCCUCCUUUUCCGAACAGUCUCCCAUCUUGGACCAAAGCGUGUGGAAUGCGCAAACGAAUCAUGCACGUGAUGUGCGCAUGUUGUUCAAGCGACGGAUUACGACACUGUACAACACGACUGUUGGCCUGCGGUCGUAUGUCGAGCUGAAUUACUCGGGAUUCCGCAAAAUACUCAAAAAGUACGACAAGGUCCUGGAUAGCUCGCUGCAAGCACCCUACUUGCACGAAAAGGUCGAGACUGCGUACCCUUGGCUCCCAGAGACCAAGAGCAAACUCAACACAUGGAUCUCGAAUCUUACGGCAUUGUACGCCAAGUGUGUCACGCAUGGCGACGUCGCAGCUGCGCAAAAGCAGCUCAAGAUUCAGCAGAGAGAACACAUUGUUUGGGAACGUGAUACCGUUUGGCGACAGAUGAUCGCACAGGAAAGACGCGGUGAGAUUGGCGACGGGCCCAAGGCAAUCGGAGAAUCGCCUGGCAAAGAGAAAAAGCCGGCACUCAUCGACUUUACAACUCGAUGGGGACGCGUACGCAUCACCAAGAGGCUUGUCUGGUUCUCAAUUGCGACAAUCGUAUUCUUUGCUUUACUCGCCAAUCCGGUUCUCGACCGACCAGAACCCUCUAACUGUUUUGCAAUUCUCUGCUAUGCCACGAUUCUUUGGGCAACAGAGGCCAUACCCCUAUUUGUCACUUCAAUCUUUGUCCCGUUCCUUCUGUCGGUAUUCCGAGUUAUUCGGUCGCAGGAUGGAUACGAUACUCGGCUCACGACAUCUCAAGCAACCAAGUAUAUAUUCUCCGUCAUGUUCUCGCCCACCAUCAUGCUACUUAUCGGAGGCUUCACCAUUGCAUCUGCCAUUUCCAAGACCAAUAUUGACCGAGUUCUCAUCACUCGUGUUCUCAGCUUUGCAGGAACACGACCAAGCACCGUCCUCCUCUCAUUUAUGAUUGUUUCGUGUUUUGCCAGCAUGUGGAUCAGUAAUGUCGCAGCGCCGACACUCUGCUUCACCCUCAUUAGACCCAUUCUUCGGACCCUGCCUCCGAAGUCUUCAUUUGCGCCAUGCCUGAUUCUCGCGAUUGCCCUCGCGGCCAAUAUCGGAGGACAAAGCUCGCCAAUUUCAUCUCCACAGAACUUGAUCGUACUUCAGCACAUGGACCCACCCCUCGACUGGCUCGAGUGGUUCAGUGUGGCUCUUCCUGUCUCUGGUGUAUCUAUCAUCCUCAUCUGGCUGUUCCUCCUACUCAGCUAUCGGCCGGGGAAAACUGUCGAUGGCACCCCAUUGGAGAUUAAGCCCAUUCGUGCGUCCAAAGAAAAGUUUAAUUGGAAGCAGUAUUGGGUGUCGUUUGUUUGCAUACUCACCAUUGGUCUAUGGUGCGUUGAGCACUCCAUCGAGCAAUACGUGGGCGAUAUGGGCAUCAUUGCCAUUUUGCCCAUUGUUGCUUUCUUCUCCACGGGUGUGCUCAAGAAGGACGACUUUGAGCAGUUCCUUUGGUCCAUUGUAUUCAUUGCAAUGGGUGGCUCUGCUCUGGGCAAGGCAGUCGAAGCGAGCAAGCUGCUCGAAGCCAUGGACGUGGUCAUCCGGGACAUGAUCUCUGGACUCUCCUUCUAUGUGGUUGUGAUCGUGCUCUCGGCGGUUGUUCUCGUCAUCUCCACAUUCAUCAGCCACACGAUCGCCAGCGUCCUUCUUGUGCCUAUUGCUGCCGAAGUGGGGGCGAAUUUGCCGGAACCACACCCAAAUUUGCUCAUCUUCCUGACGGGCCUCAUUUGCUCUACAGGGAUGGGCAUGCCCGUCUCAGGUUUCCCUAAUCAAACUGCAGCAACGCAGACAGACGACGUGGGAGAACUGUAUCUGACAAAUGUCGACUUUUUGAAGAAUGGAGUACCUGCGAGUAUUAUUGCUACCGUGGUUGUUGCGACGUUGGGCUUUGGCUUGAUGAAGGCUAUAGGGUUGCAAUGA